GCUCAGAGCCUGUGGCCAUUGGGCAGCCAGGCCCCCAGGACAAGGCCCAGGCAGUGCUGGCUCAGCACAGGGGCCAGAGCACAGCCAGGGGCCAGCAUGGAGAGCAGCGAGGACACCGAGGAGCCCCCGCUGCCCCUGGCCCUGAGCAGCUUUCAGGUCUCCGAGGAGUUUGGCUUCCUGCUUCCCGACCCUCUGACAGAGCUGCCAGCUCCCUACAGCCCCUGGAUGGAGCUUGCCCAGCAGCUGCCCCAGCUGAUCUGCAGCCACCAGCUCCGCUCACAGGUGCACCAGAUGCCGCAGCUGGGCACGCAGCACCUGCAGGGACACGAGGAGCUGCACCUGGCACACCUGGUGCUCAGCUUCAUCACCAUGGGCUACGUCUGGCAGGAGGGCGAGGAGGGCACCGUGCAGGUCCUGCCCCGAAAUCUGGCUGUCCCCUACUGGGAGGUGUCCCAGGCCCUGGGGCUGCCGCCCGUCCUCAGCCACGCAGACUUUGUGUUGGCCAACUGGAGGAGGAAGGACCCCAACGGGCCUCUGGAAAUUGAGAACCUGGACACGAUCAUCGCCCUGCCUGGGGGGGAGAGCCUGCGGGGCUUCGUCCUCGUCACGCUGCUGGUGGAGAAGGCAGCUGUGCCUGGCAUUAAGGCCACCGUCCGUGCCCUGGCUGCCAUCCUGCAGAGGGAUGAGCAGUCCCUGCACAGAGCCCUGGAGGAGCUGGCAGGGGCCAUCGAGGCCAUGAGCGAGGCGCUGAGGAGGAUGCACGACUACGUGGAUCCAGAAAUAUUCUACUCUGUGAUCCGCAUCUUUCUCUCUGGCUGGAAGGACAACCCUGCCAUGCCCCAGGGGCUCAUCUACGAGGGGGUGUCCCCGGAGCCCCUGGCCUUCUCGGGGGGGGACCGCGCCUUCCUGCGGGCGCUGCGGGCCGCGGGCUCCCCGCAGCUGCGGGCCGUGGCCUCGGGGGACGCGCGGCUCCGCGCCGCCUUCAACCGCUGCGUGGGCGCGCUCGCCGACUUCAGGUCCCUGCACAUCGCCAUCGUCACCAAGUACAUCGCCAUCGCGGCGGCCAAAGCCCGGGCCGGGCGGGCACAGCCCGGGGCCAGCGCCGGCCCCGCUGCGGGGAGGCCCCCGGCUGCGCUGGAGGCCAAAGGGACCGGCGGGUCCCACAUCUUCAGCUUCCUCAAGAGCAUCAGGGACACCACCAGGGAGGGGAUGAUAAGUGUCUGACCGCCCCGAGGGUGCCCAAAGCGGCUGCAGGAGGCCGAGGGGCUUGGGUGUCUGUGCAAGGCACAAGCCAAGAUCCAAAACCUGCCGUCAGCAGCAGCAGCUUCCCACCCGUGCACGCCCGGGACAUGAGGAACUGUUGGGAGAGAAGAGCGCUGCUGCUGCUGCUGCCUCCCCCAGCAGCACACAGCGAGCUCGGCAUCCUCCCGUGGCACCGGCACGGUGUCCUCCCGUGGCACUGCCGGCAGCGCAUCGCCCCCGGGCCCAGGAAGAGCUGUGUCCCUGCUGCCCUGCUCUAUCCCGCUCCUUCCCCGCUCUAUCCCGCUCCUUCCCCGCUCUAUCCCGCUCCUUCCCCACUCUAUCCCGCUC